CUUAUUAUGACUUUUUUGUGAUGUUUAUUUUCGCACGGUUUUGCAUAUUUCUCAAGUAUUUAUCGCCGAGUUUAUUCCACGAUGAAAUGCAGUGAAUUCGAAAAAAGUAAACCUCGCCACCACAUGAACCUGGAGAAUAUAGAUAAGGCAUUACACGAUUUGGGCAUGUUGAGUGCUAUAACCGAGGCACGGCGUGAAUAUUUACGUGAGUCCAGAUCUACUAAUUUGGGUGUGAUGCGUCUGAACACGAGGUAUGUGUCGAACGUCACGGUAGGAUAUUGUAUGAAACGAAGCACAAAUAAAAACAGACUCUGCCCGUAUGUUUUGCCCGUCCGCCACAGAACUAAAAGUGAAAACUCUGACGUGAUGGGUUGCGACGUGAGCGAAGCGAGCUGUGAAUUUAAGUACAAUAUGUUGGAGCCAUCGACUAGUACUUACGCCAGAGAGUGUGAUCUCAAGAGCCCUGCUAAGCGUUGCCAAUCGCUAGAGAACCUCAACCUAACAGUAGAUGCCCCACCAAAACCGGAAAUCUCACCCGAUAUGGAUUGUGUGUCCACAAGGAUUCAGAAACUACAAGUUGAUGAAUGACACUCAAGUUAGAAAUUAUUGCAAUAUAGUUACAUACAUGUCAUUAGGGACACAUUUCAACUGACAGUAAAUUUUUAAUAAUUAAGGUUGCAAGAUAUGCUUUAAACCAUCUUUAUAUUCUUCAAGAUCACUUAAUGUGCAGAGAGAUGUUUUUACCUCUAGACAUGGACAGAUUAGGUUUGACUCUUUGUGGCAGCUAUGAAUACUGUCACGUUAUUGGUAGGAUGUCUAAGCUAGACCAAUUUAUGCCUUAUAUAUCAAUUCUAAUCAGGUCUAGUGCCAGGGCCUUUGCAUGGGUAGUUUUCACAUUGGUAAACUCAAAAGACUAUUACACUAAAAUUAAGGGAAUAAUAGAGUCAAUGAAAACUAUCAAACCCCUUCUAGGUUAUUCGCAAGUCGCAGCCAUCUUAGGUUGUAGGCUCAUACGCAACGUAAAGGGAGGUUGCAUUAAAGUGCUGAAAAUGUUAGUUAUAUACCAAAGAAAGGAAUUUAUAAAAAAAUUUUGUAGUAUUGGUUUUUUUAUUGUUCGUGUUUAAGUUCAAAAUUAGUUUACCUAUUACAAAUUGAUAUAAAAAAGGAUAUCAUUGCCAUGGUUUAUCAUGGAGAGAAUUGACACAGUUUGCCCCGGCCAAACCAUAUGUUUUAGUUGAUAAUUGAGUUGUCUUAAGUUACUCCCAAGCCCACAUCCCACAUUUGAAUCUUGGAGGGCUUAAGAAUGUUACUUUUAUUUGUGGAUGACGUCAAACCCAGUGAUUUAACAUUAUGUCGUCCACCACUAUGGCACAAUCUAGAGUUAAUAACAUCUUACUGUAUACUUGUAUUAGAAUAUUAUUAUUGAGUACCAUAUAUAUGAAAUAAUUCAUUUACAAAUAUAAGCAAUGAAAGGAGAUAAUUAAUGUAAACAAAUUUUAUUUUGUUUAUUUUAAUUCUUUAUUUUACAAUGAAAGAGUUAUAGUUUUGUUGAUUUGUCAUUAUUGCUGUGUCAUAAAUCUUGUUAAGUCUUACUAGAAAAAUAAAAAACAGUUCUGGGGAUGCAACAUUUGUAUGGCAAAACAUUUGACAGAGUAAGUGUAUAGAAAAAAAUACUUUCAUUUUUAUCUGCAAUACAGUAAGGUAUUUUCCUGGUAAGGCAUUAAUUAAAUAAUGUAAUAUUCCUUUACAUUAAUUGUCUCAUUUUUUAUGACGUUUCUUUAGUCCCCAUAUCUGUCAGUUUAUAUGCUGUCUGAAUUAUUACAGUGACUUGUGACUAGUAAAUGUUAGAAUUUCAGUGAUAAUAAUAUGGACUAUUGAUGUAUUUUUCUGUAUGUGCAUUUGUAUGAUAGUAUGAAAGAAUAUUAGAUACCGAUUAUAAAUGUUCCUAGAUGUUAAAUUAAUUUUUAAAGUACAUGUGAGCCCCAUUGUUUGUUUAGUUAAGAAUUAAUUUAAAUUAUAUAGCAAAUUGCUCAACAGUUUAACCAAAAUCAUAUAAUUUUUCCCUAUAAAGUAUGUCCACACUUGCAUGCUUUAAUCUCCAAAUGUUGUCUUUGUAUACCUACUCAAAAGACUUAGUACAUAGAUAGUAUACAAGCAACCCACAAGUGCUUUUGCAACGGAAAGUUGCUAAUAUGAUUGUUAUUACGGUCUUGAGAAUGAUGAGUCUACAUAGAAGACCAGUGUCCGUGUUGAAAACACAAGUUGAUGAUGAAACCAGUUUCCAUUGUUCAUAUUCAGAAUAUGAACAACAGAAACUGAUGUGCCCAGAUUAUUCAAAAACCUGCAAUGUUUAGUUUUAUAAUACAUCGAUACUUUGGUACUUAGUUAGCGGUACCAAGUUUUUUAGCAGCUUUACUUGGACUAUACAUUUCCCAAAUUUGCUAUUACAUAAGAUGUUUGGAGCUCAUCAAUGACCUAACUGACGUGCACCCCAAUCAGACACCUGUUUUGGAUUCAAGUUAACGCGCCUUCCAAGGCCUCAUUGCUUAGGGAUCUCAGUUCAACACGCUCUAGAACUAACAUGUCCUCCAUAACAGUGUUGUCAUCGGUGCACAAAGGUUUUCCGGGUCUCGCUAUACGUUGAUGUUCAGCAGAAAAAGUGGAGUGGAGAGAGAUGAGAUGAGAAGUGUAGUGGAUUCCUGAGGAACAUGACAGCUGUUAGGGCAGAACGACUCUAAAGGCCAAUUGGUUUUACCCCAUGUAUGGGUAGUAUACACUUGAAGUUGAAGGUCACUAAUAGAAUCUUAAGAAUGGCAGUUGAUCUAUUUUUGUCAGCAACUUUUGCAACUUUCUUCGAUUUGAGAAAUAUUGAGAGAGAAACAAGCGUAUUAGCAGACACUUUAUAAAUUAUUGUAUUCAGAUAAUAGAGAAUCAGGGUCCAGAACACGGUUAUAAUAGUUCUCGUUAAAACUAUUAUGGUCCCGUACCUUAAUCAUUGAAGAAUUAUUGAAUAUUACCAGUCCACAGAUUACAGCUAGACUUAAAUAGUCCGGCACUUUCAGCAUGGUUUUUGCCAUUUGCCCACGUUUGCCAUUAAAUAUAUAUUAUUUUUUCCUGAGCAGAAAAAGCUAGCAGGAUAUAUAUGUUUCCCACUGGAGAACUUGACUCCUGCCCAUGCUAUAGGGUCAGUAGGAAUUCUUUAUGUAGUAAAUAAUAAGAUUUGUUUGUUGAAUAAAUCUCAGUUUAGAUAAUUCACUCACUGAGCCACAUGUUGGUCCUAUAACCCCACGCAAACAUUUAGGGCCAGCGUUUAACAUGUGAUACCUGAGGGUACAAAGAAAAUUGUAUGGUAUGAUGGCUGAAAUAGAAAAAUAUGUUUGUUUAAUAAAAUUACAAAAGUAACCAAAUGAAUAAAGAUGUAAAACAUUUUAUAAUACAUGUGUGCACUAAUGCAUUAAUUUAUGUUUGUUGUAAAUUACAUAUUUUUCUUUGCAAGCCAUCUGUGUCUAAACAAUAUUAUUACAAUAUGAAUUGAAAUCCGGCAGCUUUGUAAGCGAUGGUGUAAUCAAGGCGUCCAAGCUGUCGUGCAAAUUUGCGCCCUGCUUCCGACCAGUCAUAAGGCUUGCUCAAAUUGUUCUUCUUGUGAUUGCUCUUGCACGUUUCGGUGGACGCAGGCAAAGAGGCAUGCCAAAUCAAAAAAGGCAUUUAGCCUUGGUUUGGCCUGCGUUUCAGUGUAAAAGAAUUUUAAACAGACUUAUAUGUUUAUAAUCUUAUUUUUGUCUUUGAAGAGUACCAAUCAAAUUUUUGUUACACGAUGAAUUACAAUGUUGAAUGCAAUAAUACCACAGUUUAGCUAUCAUACGGUUCGAACAUGCCGGUCGCCUAUGUUUAUGCUGAGUGAAUAUACUCUACCUCUUCUGAUUGUCCUUUUUCCACGCUAUUUGGGCUCAGCACAACGUGUCUUCUUCUUCUAUUCACUUCUGUCAGCCGUCAUUUGGUCACUUUUUACUCCUUUUACUCGCAUAUCCUCUUUCACACCAUCCAUCCAUCUCUUGGGUCUUCCAGAGGAAGAUCUCCAUGUUAUAUUGUUAAUAUUUUUGGUUUAAAUGAAAAUUAUGUAUCUACUAAAACAAUAUUUUAAUUUAUGUACGAUAUUAAAACAAAGUCCGAAGCUUAUUUUACCACCGGAUAUUACUUUCCUACAUAAUAAAAUUAUUUACUAGAUGAACCGAAAAUUGUUUUUGGGCUCAGCUCAAAUCGCUUGCUAAAACAAGUCGAGCUAGUGCUAAUAUAAAACCAUAUUACUGUCAUGUUAGAAUUUGGAAUAUGUAUAUUGUUUAUGUUUUGAAGUCAUAAGUUAUAGGGCUGCGACAGACAGGCGUACAUACUCACAGGCGCAAUCGAUAAUGUUUUGAAACGCUACGUUCAGUUUUAGAACUGUAUGAUAACUAAGCCGUGGUAACGCAAAACUGUUUUUUUUCUUACUUGUCUUCUAAUAAAACAAUGUUUUUAUUACUUUUAAUUUUAAAAAUA